UAGCUAUAAACUGGAAUGUUUGGUCCGGAAUACGACUCUGAAUCCGAUUGGGAUGUAUCCAAAUCAAAUUCAAUACAUGGGCCGAACUUGGUGCCGGCCUAUUGCCGUGCCCUCGUUCAUCUGAUCUCGGAGAGAGAGAGUUUUUUUGGUUACUAGGCAUUAAUGCAUUAUCGCCCCCAUCGCCUCCUUCCCCACCUCCGGCGGUCAGAUCUAUUGAACUCCGAUCUGACCGACGAUGCAAGGCUCAAGGCUGGCGGCCUGGACCUGGAGGCCGGCGACCAGCUGCUGAGAAGCUUUGAAGCUCCACGGGUCGACCCCUCCUUGCAAGGACUGCCCUCUUGUUCUUGAUUUUUUUUCAAGCUCCGCCACUGCUGCCGCUGCCCGGCCAUGGCGGCGAGAGGUCCCCGUCUCAACAAGAAGUUCAUGGCGCCUGACCCCAAAUCACCUCUCUCCGCCCAAGGCAAGCAACCGCCGCCCCGAGACAACCAAGAAGGCGCCGACCGCAUCAGCAACCUCCCCGACGCCAUCCUCGGCGAGAUCAUCGCCCUUCUCCCUGCCAAGGACGGCGCCCGCACCCGAAUCCUCGCGUCCCGUUGGCGUCACCUCUGGCGCUCCGCGCCUCUCAACCUCGACUGUCGCGGCCUUGCCAGCCGUGGGGAUGAGCUCGCCGCUGCCAUAUCACGCAUCCUCUCCUCCCACCCGGGCCCUGGCCGCCGCUUCUGCGUCGACGCGGCCUACUUCAAGGGCCGCGAUCUGACAGCCGCUGUUGACGUCUGGCUCCAAUCCGCCACCCUCGACGGCCUCCGGGAGCUUCAUCUAUGGUACUUCCGAUUCUCGCCACUGGUGCAGCUGCCCGCGUCCACCUUCCGCUUCUCACCCACCCUACAUGCUCUCACCGUCGGAAAAUGCCACGUUACCGACGGCAUCACGCAGGGGCUUCACCUCCCCCUCCUCAAUCACCUGACCCUCGAACAGAUCGAGAUUUCGGAAUGCUCGCUUGAGAGCAUCAUUGCCGGGUGUCCGGCCAUAGAGAGCUUGCUGAUUCGUCACAGCUUCGGCUUCCGUUGCGCUCGAAUCAACUCCCUCACACUUAGAAGCAUCGGCUUGUGUGUGACUUCAGGAAACGAGAUCGAGCUCGAAGAAAUCAUCAUCGAGAACGCCCCUUCUCUUGAGAAGCUGCUUUCUUAUAAUACGCUGGCUAACCAACAUAUAUCAGUAUUAUCCGCGCCUAAAUUGGAAACCUUAGGCUGGAUUCCUGAUCGAGAUGACCACACACUCAUCUUUGGCUCCACGGUGUUUCAGGGAUUACAUGUUGACCUCUUGACAACGGUGUUGAGCACCGUGAAGACCUUAGCAUUCAAGAUGCAUGCUCUCAGUUUGGAUGUAGCUAUUGACAUGUUGAGAUGCUUUCCCUGCUUGGAGAACAUGUACAUCCAGCCAAGUCCAAAACGGGGGAAUAAGGCUUGGGGCCUUAAACACCUGAACCUUGACAGAUGCCUUGACAUCCGUCUCAAGACAAUAGUGCUGUCCCAAAAUCACGGCAUCGUGUCUUUAGUUGACUUCGUCAUAUUCUUUGUGUUGAACGCGAAAGUGCUAGAUUCAAUAACACUUCUGGUUGCAGGCAGUAGCGAGGAGUUUAUUGCAGAACAUGGGGGAAAGUUUCAGCUGGAGAAAAGGGCUUCAAGAGGUGCUCAGUUAUAUGUUAGAACCGAUGACUGUUUUAAUAAUGUUUGGGAUAUCAAGCAUCUCCAGGAUCGAACUGAUCCAUUCAUUCGCAUGUGCUAGAACUGGGUUUGGUCCUUUGAAAAGCUAUUAUUGCUUAUCUCAGUUUGAAACUAAGUUUCAUCUCUUGAGCUGUUACGUAUUCUAGUUGUCUUUUUUUU